GAAGAGGAGAAGAAGGAAGGGAGGAGGAGUGACGAAGAUGAUGUCAGGCCAUCCCACUCCCUGUGAGUACAAAUACAGCAGAGAGAGAAGAGCUGAGCCUGCAUACGGGCUGCUGCUGACGACACACACACACACACACACACACUCCUCAGUUCAACAGCAGACUCAGAGCAGAGAGAUGCUCCUGGCUGGCAGUAUCUGACAGGAGCCUUCACCAAGCUAAUCCACCCACAGAGGGAUAGUGGCCUCCUUCAAAGGUCAGGAGUGGACCUGAUCCAAGAUCCUUCAGAGAAAAAAGGGGAACCUGACUCCGAGCAGGAAAAGAAGCAAUUGUACCUCGCUGACAAGAGGAGCUGAGGGCAAGUUUCAGACACCCACCGGCUGGGAAACAGAGGCAAGAUGCUGGCUAAAAUCCUUCAGGACAUGUGGGUGGACCCUGAGGUGCUGGAGGCCCUGAACGAGGAGCAGAAGAGGAUCCUCUUCCUGAAGAUGAGAGAGGAGCAGGUGCGUCGCUGGAGAGUGCGAGAGGAGAAGGAGAAGAGGGAAGGAUGGAGCAAUGUCCGACCCAAGAAAGUUUCCAAUAAAAGUGUGACGUGGCUUAUUGGUCGGGACGGUGAUGUGAGUGUGAGCAUAAUUGGAGAGAUGGAUGAAUUCAAGUCCUCCAAACUCCUCCAGAACCUCAACAACAGAGUCCACGGUGAUAGUAUAAACAGCAUCCAGACGGUGGACCUGCUGUCAGAAAGAGCGACCCGGCAGAUCAUCUUCACGGACGACAUGAAUCUGCCCGUCACAGAUGUUAAUGAAGACUUGGCUUCACCAAACAAGCAGCCGUCUCAGGACCUGGACUCCUGCAGCACCGACCUGAAGGACCCCAGUGAGGACAGCGACACUGACUCAGGCAAUGGCUCGGACAGCGGUGGUGACUGCAAUCCUGUCUACAGGCCUCGUUUCUGUAGCCAUGGUGACCAGCGACUGAAAGCCCAGUUGUCGGGCUCAGAGAGGGCCGGUCUGCAGGACAGAGAAACGUUUUGUCACGAGGAUACGUCAGAACGCCACGGUCGUGUGGCGCAGCUCAGGAAGGCGUUUGCAGAUGAGCCUCAGCAGAAAUCACCUUACAAACCGCCCGUACCUGCCAAACCUGCUCAUCUGCAGAGAACCACCCGCAUUCAUUAAAGCUCACCCUGCUGCAAGUAUGGAGAGCCAGCGAUGCAGCUGGACCAGCUCCCUCUAAAACCGUUUAUGCACAUAAACUUUCCUUGGAUGUAAUGUUGUGGACACACACCUGCAGACGGAGCUGGAUGGAGACCGUGCACUGAAGUUUGAAAAAUCUGAACCACUUAAAGCAAAAAUGCAGAUGUUUACGAUGUGCCUGUGACUGAGCAGCAGAUACAAAAGGUGUUCACAACUCAGACACACAAAUGGACAUUUGACCGGAGAGAAAAAAAACUCUACAAGGAUAUCUGUUUUUACAACCAAAAAUAACUGAUAAACUAAAUACUUAUUAUUCUGUGCUGAUCCA